AUGAAGAUCUCCUGCUUUCUGCUGCUGAUCCUCUCUCUUUUCUGCUUUCAGAUCAACAUAGUUGCUGUCCCUGACACAAGAAUAUGUAUUGAGAAUAAAAACAUCUGUCACAUGAAGUAUUGCCCAUGCCGUUAUAAAGUAGUUGGCACCUGUUAUGAAGGAAAGGGCAAGUGUUGCCACAGAAUCUGCUGA